AUCCAUAUGAGUCAUAAUAGUUGCUCUAGAAAUAUCAAUUCCAAAAGAUUGUCCGUUUGAAACAAAAUCACGACAAAAAUGAGUUUUCAAAAUCCCUUCAAUUCUGUGCCAGUGAUGAAUACCGUUACAUUGGACGUUGAUAACUGUGAAGAUGAUUUUGAAGAAUUCAAUGAAGAUAAUUGGAAUGUAUCAACAAUAAAUAAUCAACAACUAUGGGAUGAGAAUUGGGAUGAAACGGAUGAUGUGGAUGAAGAUUUGGCCAAAUUUCUCAACAUUAAUAAUACAUCGGAAACACAAAAUGCUUAAAUUUAUUCAUGUAUAAACAAUUUUUUCAAGUUUUGUAUAAAUAAAAAUAAAUAAAACAA